UAGUUUCCUCCUCACUAUGCGAUAAAAUGCUACAUCAGGCUCGAUAAUUUACUGUAGUUGUACAUGAUGAACGAAUGACAAAGGCGCUUCAAUGAUUUGUAUCUGUGAAUCAAAGACCUAGAAUAAAUUCUAGGUCAUUGUGUGAAAAUAGUGGAUUAAUUAUCAGUGAAUUAUGUGGAUUAACAGCAUAUCAAUGUGUCAGCGCACUGCUGAUGAAGUGAAAAAGAAAUGGAUUGACACAAAGUCUAGUGCAAAGAAGAAGGCACAAUCUAUGAAAAAAGAGCUGGGCAGAACAGGCGGUGGGCCCUAUCCAGGUGGUCUGACAAACCUGGAAGAGAAGGUUGUAACAGUUAUCCCGAAGUGUUCAAUAGAUGGAAUAGUGAAUGCUAUUGAUAUAUUUGCUGAUGCUCAAGAAGGAGAUGUUCCAUCAAUAUCUUACAGUAUUAGUGAACCAGUCCAAGGGGCAUCAUGCCCAGCAAGAGAAGUAUCCAAUGAGCCAGAAACAGAAAGAAAAGCAUCAGUGUCUGAAAAAAUAAAGAAAAGACAGAAAAUGGAAGAUGUAUCAGCAAGCAGUCAACGGGACAUGAUCGUCAAACUUGAAGAAGAAAAAGUUUUCCUACUCAAAGAACUGAUCUGUGCACAUCGUGAACAGACUGCGCACUUGCAACAGCUAACAGCAUCUGUUAACAAGCUGACUGAUGCCAUGAUCAGCAACAAUGUUAUGUCAAGUUUUUUUAACUGAUAUUUUAUUAUAAAUUAAAGCUGCCUAAAAGAUUGUUACAACAGAUGCCUCUUAGCUGUUGCAAGUGCCCAAGUGCAUAUACACAAUGUUAUAUGCCAAAUAGUUAAGCUCUAGGCCUUGUGGCACAAUGUGCACAGGUUUGAUACAAAAUAAUUUUCAUUAAUAAUGAGUUGUUGUUAGUAG